UCUCAGUUCUUUGUUAAGUUUUGACUCGCUCGCUUCUCGGAUAUCAGUCUGUCGCUAAUCAAAAGUUCCACCUCUCCAAGUUUUCCCUUUGUUUUGUUUUAAGUUUCUCGACUUCCGAUCGGUUUACGUGAAAAUGAGUUUAUGUGUGUUAUCUGUUCUGUUUUCCGCAUAUUUCCCGACUGAAACGUGAAAUCGUUAUCCUCGUCUUUCCUCGAUCCGUCGAGCUGUUUUCGCUUCUUUAUUUCUCUCGACACGACCGAUCGUGAAAAUCAUUGUUACCAUUACGAUCCGUGUUUUACAGUGUGGAACAAGAUUUCUCUCAAUUCUUGUGCCAAUGAAAAUAUAUCCUGUGUGCGUGAACGUUCCGUCGUCGGAUUGUGCCUUCUCGUAGUGUCGGCGAGGGACUGUCUUAUUGUCUUCGGAGUAGUUUCAUAAUUAUUUCACGACGGCUUUAGUGGGAGGAAUUGAUUAUCAUUUUGAUCCGACGUUAGUGUUAACCGGCCUCAAUAUUCCCAUCGCCCAAGUAGCCAACCACGACCACGACAACGCCGAGAACUACCCCCCAUCGGACAUGGGGCAAAUUGGGGACCAUGAUGUAAGUACCUGAUGAUCUAACCUCAAAAUCGUAAUAGGAAUGAGCUAGCCUGCUGUGUUCAUGAUGGUGGUUUUUCAAUGGAAUGAUUCGUCGGAAUCCGCUCAUACUGCGCACUCACAAAUGCCUACCCACGGCCUAUUGGUGGAGGCAUUCCUCCAAAACAAUAGGCCCGAUCAUGUGAGCCAAGUGAUGGGCCUUCAUCCCGCCUACCUAGAGAUGUUUUUAAGGACGCAUCAUUACAUUCUCCGGGGGGACGGACCCUUACCUUUCGACUAUAGACACUUUAUCGCUAUUAUGGCUGCUGGGAGACACCAGUGUAGUUAUUUGAUCAACCAACAAAAACAAGAGUUUGUGCUGCAAGGCGGUGAUCAGUCUUGGCUGAAAGGUCUUAAUCAGAUUCCAAAGAAAUUGCGAGAUUUAUAUGAAAUCAAUAAGAUUCUCGCUCAUAGGCCGUGGCUUAUAAACAAAUCUCAUAUUGAAAAACUCACCAAAGGCGCUGAUAGUUGGUCUCUAGCAGAGGUAGUUCAUGCUAUCGUCCUGCUCACUCAUUUUCAUUCUCUGUGCAGUUUUGUAUUUGGUUGCGGAAUUAGCGAAGAAGCAGAUCGUCAAAUGAAUGCAGAAAAAACAAAAGCAAGUCCAGUCGAAGCUAGUAAUAAUAAAGUUUUAUCUUCAAGUCCUAGAUCUAAACAAGUUAGAGAUGGUUGGAGCGAAGCAGAAGUAGGAGUUGAAACCCUCAUGGAGCGAAUGAAAACCCUAUCGGAGCGAGCUCAAGAAUUCUCAGCUGAGGAGCGUGCCAAACGCUUUGAGAGAGUAGAAUCGCAAAGUGUAGAAUUAGCCAUGGCUUUACCCUCUGAUACUCCUGCCGUCCAACCUGGUAUCCAACAUUUCGUAGAUGAUCCUGCUUUUGUUUAUCAAGAUUUUGCCAAACGUGGCGAAGUCUCUGAGAUUCCUACCUUUCGAGUUCAGGAUUAUUCUUGGGAUGACCAUGGAUACUCUUUAGUAAAUAGGCUUUACAAUGAAGUAGGAAACCUACUAGACGAUAAGUUUAAAGUAGCAUACAACCUAACUUAUUACACUAUGGGCGGACGAACAGAUGUUGAUACGUCAAGAUUCAGGAGGGCCAUAUGGAACUACAUUCAGUGCAUGUAUGGUAUCAGACAUGACGAUUAUGAUUAUGGUGAAGUUAAUCAGCUGCUAGAAAGAUCUCUUAAAGCGUUCAUCAAGUCUGCAUGUUGUUUUCCCGAAAGAGUAACCAAAGCAGAUUAUGACAGAGUUCUCAGAGAAUUCAAACAUAGUGAGAAGGUACAUGUUAUGAUGAUGGUUUUAGAGGCCCGCAUGCAAGCGGAAUUACUGUAUGCACUGAGGGCUGUAAUGCGCUACAUGACCUAAUAAUUGUGAUAAAAAUUAAUCCUACUCUUAUCAUAUGUAUGUUAUAUUUAAUUAAUUAUUAUAAUCACCUUUAUAUUAUGACUGUUUUUGUUUAUAAAUGUCUGGUAUUUCAAUCAUUUUUAGUAAUUUCUUAUUGAAUUCAUCUUGUUCAGUCCAACUAAAUUUUCGAGGAUUCACUUUCUUUUUUAUUUUGAUUUCUCUGUUUCAAAUCAUUACGAUAUAUUUUCUAUUUAUUGACAAUGAUUAAUUUAUACUUACGUUUUAGAUUCAAAGAAAAGGAUUCGAAUAGAAUAUAUUAGGAAGACUUCUGCUCCCAGUGUCUUAAUGAUGGUAUAAAUUUGAAUGUAAACCGCUCUCUAUGUUUCGUAAAAAAAAAUAAUAUCAAGCAAGGUUAAAAGCACCAAAGAACGUUGCUGCGGUAGUUGUUUCAUCUACUCUAUUUUUAUAGUUCACAGUAAAUAAUUUGGCUGACUUUUAUUGUAAAACAUAAGAUUUUUCACUCUCAUGAAAGCAUUGAGACUAAUUUCAAGAAUCUAUAUUGCAUAUCUUUUGUUUCACGCUAAAAGCCAGCUAACUUAUGAGGUGUCAACUGAAAUCAGAAAUACCUAAGAAAAUGCAACAUCUACUGUUUUCUUUGGCUGCGAAGUGCCAAAACUGCGGGCCUUACAUUUGAAAAGAUACUAUUUUUCAAUUUUACCAUUACUUCCUUAAACCUCAUUUUAUUAUCUUUUUUGAUCAUCCUUUAAGUGCAGCUUUUUCUCAAUCAUACCAAAUUUUGUAUUUAUAAUUUGCUGCACUGCCAUCUUCUAAUUGAAAAAAAUUCUGAAGGUGUUUUAACCAUUUCACUAUCAUCACUUUUAAUGCCUCCAUCCUCUUCUGAUCAAAGUGGGUGGUUUUCAGUUUAUUUUACUCUCCGUUAGGAAUUAAUUUUGAUUCAAGCUGCACGUGGAGUUUUAAGUCAGGAAGUCUUUCUUUAUCUAUCUCUCAGUUAAUGGCUUUUCAUGAUUUUUGAAAAAUAAUCUGUCUAGUAUUAAUAUUCUUUUCUCUUCUCAUAAAUUUGUGAUAUUUAGGAUUUUAAGUGCAUAAAAUGACCAUUAAACCUCAUACUUCAAUCGCUUUUUUAAAGAUUGCUCAUUAUCUUUUGCAAACACGGAAAGUUUUUUUUUUAAAACAAAAUCAUCUAAGUAGAAAUAUGAGCAUGUAACAAUUUUCACUUGUCUUGAUUUUUAUGCAAAAAUAAUGGCAAAUUAUGUUUUAUUAAUUUUUUUUACCCUGUUUCUCCCCCUUUUUAUAAUACAAAUGUUCUUUGACAAUUUUUUCUGAUACUUUUAUUCGAUCCAUACAUUUUUCUUAUUACCACAGGGACAUUUGAAUUAAUCAUAAUUCCUUUUUAACAUUCUUGCCCUUUGUGCCAGUUUAAAGCCUACAAAAGCCCAUUAAUACACCAUCUCCUUUCACAAAGUGUUCUUGGAUAAAUAACGCAUGCUAUAACUUGAAUUUGAAAUUUCACAAGAAUAAAUUCCACUUGGUCAAGGAAUUGAAAAUUUCUGUCAAAAGUUUCCGAAGUUGUCAUGCCUGUAUCCAAGUUUGAUUGGGCAAGAAAGUUGAGUUGUUUUUUUUUUUAGUAAGGAUCUCUAAAGCAGUCAUAAUUUUAUGUUUUUACUGAUACUAAAAUUUUAAUUUUUAAGUAUUAUUAUCUUUCUUGGUAUACAGUAAUGUUACCAUCAUGAAAAAAUAAAUGCUUCUCUUUUUUUCCACCUUUAAAUUCAUUGGGCAUUUUUAAAAUUGGAUGAGAGGAAGUCACAUUAGAAUUUACUGAAAUCGAUUCUCAUAUCUCCACAAAUAAAUAUCUCUGGAACAGACUAAAGUAGCAAUACAACUGUAUUGUAGCAGAUUGUAGAAAGUAGUUUCCUUUACAUGCUGUCUCUAGUUGUGCACGAAGUUUUUAAUUGCCGAACAGAUUCAGAUUGCCGGAAAUUAUAUCUGAUAAUGGAUCAGCUAAUUUUAACAAUACUCGUUUGACAAAUGUACAUUUGAGUAGUGGCUAAUCAUGUCUGUUUCAGUUAAUUUUAUCUCAUGAAAUGGAUCAGUUGCGCCUGUAACAAAAUUGUGUUCAGGAGAUCUCAAUGUAUCUAGCAGCAAAAAGUGAUGAAAUUUACUUUAAACCCAAGUUUUGAUGUUCAUUAUUAAUGCCAAUGUUGUCUUCAAAAGAAUAGUUUUAAUUGAAUUCAUCCUCUGCUAUAGUGCAGACAGUAGUUUUUUUCCACUUAGGUUGCACAGUGAUCUGUUGAGCAAUUGGGAUAAGUGAGUGAAUCACUGAGCAAUGAAUCUAAAGUGGUAAAAACUGGGUUAUGCACAACCGUGCUGGACGGAUUUCCAUUUUGCUCUUCAGUAGUGCGUCCAUGAAAAUGAACAAAGAACUUGGUAUUGGAUUAAACUUACUCUUUUUUGCAAGUCUCAGGAGCAUCAAGACAUAAUUCUGUAACACAAGCAACUGGUCCCCAGAGAAGUAUCUGAAGGAGAAAUUGGUUAUUUUGAAAAGAAAUUUCUCUCAAAUUGUAGGAGAGCAAAAGCAAUAAUAACCAGUAGUAUUAAUUACGUAUGGUCCCACACUUAGAUUGUACCAUGGAGUAUUAGUUUUUAGGCAUUUAUGUCAGAGCGUCUGAAGUACAAUUGCUUCCUUCAUGGUUUGUAAUUGUGUCAAUAUAUGAUCAAAUAUUGCCUAAAAUAGUAAAGUUCAUACUGUGAUUGAGCUUUUCUCUCAACAACUGUGGUUGCUAAGGAAAAGUAAGUUGAAUAAAAUAAAUGAAAGCUGCGUUGUGAAAGUCAAAAAUCGAAGUCAGUGAAAUGACAUCAGUCCGCCAUUUUUAUUUAUCUGCUUAGUGAUGAUGUGGAUUUGUUAGUAAACAAGGUAGGUCAGCGACUCAGCAAGCCUCAGACCCUCGCUGACUCGUUGACUGACUUUGCUAAAAAGAUGGCUGGUCUUUGGUUAAUUCCAGUGGAAGAGUAAGAACACUCUCACUGAGCUCAGCGUACAAUCAGAUACUCAGCACUGUGCACUGCGGAUUUUAACAACGCUUCUAUUAUGCUUAUUUUUCCAGUAUUUGUAAUUGUUUUCUUUCUGUCGUCCUUUGUAUCUGUUCUUCGUUUUAACAAUCAUGAAAGGAGUCGCCAAUAUGAUUGAAGUAUCAGACAAUAAUGAUUUAAUUUUAUGUGAUUAGUUUAUACAAAAGAAGAAGAAUCAAUAUAAAUUAUAUGGAAGUAAAUAAUUUCAAGAAAAUAUGCGUAAAAAGGAAAGUCGAUGUUUUUGCUUAAAAUGUUCUCUGUUUCAUAUGUUGUGUAUUAUAUAAUGUUCAUAUUUUAAUUUUGUUUUAUAUUUAGAAAUAUGAAAUACUUUUUUUUUUUAAUUAUGUGAUUUACCUAGUGUGUGGAACCAUACAUUUCACAUAUUAUGAUCUAUGUCUUGAAGUUUUAUACAAAAACUUUGGAAACAACAGACAUGUACACUGACUAGUUGAUGUUUCAGCUUGUUUGAAAAUGAUUCGUGGGCAUAUGCAGGCAAUCAAGCAUUUGUUAACUUAGUUGCUCCGUUCAUAACAUCGUCAGUGUAGCUGUGAUAUAUAAUCAUUCUAUUGUUCUUACAGAAUUUCAAAGCUAGAAUAAAAAAUGAAAACUGUCCUAGAAUUAUUUUUUCAUUCAUUCUUUGCUACUUAUCUUUUCUUAUUUAAGAGAAAACAUUAGUCAUGAAGAGCAUAUUAUGUCCCUUUUGUUUUGAUUUCCCUCAGUUUAUAAAUAUACUCAGAUUUUUAUCGACUGCUCGGAACUACGAGCUGAUAGUUGAAAUCGAUAGGCAAAGAGAAAAUGUAUUACAAAAAGCUCAAAAUAUUGAACCAUUUGCUAUUUAGCUGGAUAUAAAAGUUUUUUGAGAGAAGCUCUGAAAAGUUAAUUGUCAGCAAGAAAAAGCAAUUCAUGUAACAAAUGCAAGCCUGCCAUCAUAUUUUAUGCCCACAUGACUAGUUUUUUUCUUGUCUCGUUUUCUGCUAACAUUUUAUGAUUCAGGUUUUUUUCUUUUUUAUAUUUUUAUCACAUUUUUAAAAUAUUUCCCCGAAUCUUUGUUAACUUGCUGGUAUUAAAUUCAGUUCUAAGCAAGGUUAUGCCAAACUUUAUAAACCAGUUUUAUGGAUCAUUUCUUGUGGACACAGAAAACUUGCAGAGUUUUAGUAAGUGCACUCAGCAUUUAAGCGGUCACUCCCAUGCUCAUUAAAAUCAAUUCUACUACAAAGAAAAAUGUGUCAUCACUGUUUCUUUCAGCACUGGAGGUGAAUACCUGUUCAAUGUUAUUGUUUUCUUUAUUUGUUUGUUUCUUUAAUAAUCUUAUUUUAAGAGUGUCCUGCUCUUUCUUUUUUUAUUAUUAUUUUUGACUUGUGUAAACAGUAUCUAGGAAUGAAAUGAAAAAUCAUUUUCGGUCGAAAUGUUUUCCUAUUUUAAGUGUAGGUUUUAAUAAAAUGCGCAACAACUGUAUUUUAACUUACGCUAAAUUCUAGUCAGAACUAAUUUAUGUUACAAAGAAGUUUUUGAUUUUCAUUUAAUUCAUUAAAAGAAAUGUUGCAAAGAAAGGAAGGAGUACCAAGAUGAAUGCAGAUGUCAUGAUACUGUCAAGCAUUUUCAGAUCUGGACCUAUAAAGAUACUAUUUGUCAAGAUCAGUGAAAGAUGUAAGCCUCAAAUUGUUCAAGAGAAUAACCUCAGCGAGAUGCAAGGAUCUUGCACUAAAUUAUCAUUGUGAACUAAUUUUAUCCUUCUAAGAAUCUGCCCAAAAUAAAUUCAAUUUUCAACAUUGGUUCAAGUCAGAAUUGUUUUUAGUCUUAGAAAGUCUUCUAUUUCAUAAUUGUCAAUAUUUAUACACAUUGUUUCAAUUUUAAAUUUUAAAAUAUUAGUUAACAUUGGUAUAAUGACAUUUUUUACCAAAACAAUUUUACUAGCCUGUGAAUUAUGUGCCCUUUGCUGUAAAUGAAGGUGAAACGGAAGUUAAAUUGAAACUCUGAAGAAAUCAAUUUCGACUCGGACCAAUAAAACCAAGCUUGCACGGCCCUUUUAAUGAAAUCAGUAAUACCUGGCUUUUAUUGUGAUUUGUAGAUGUAACCCAUGCUGUAUACCAUAAAUGACUGGCACUUAGAAAUUAAUUUCAUGCAAUUCUCAGUAAUCAAGAUAAAAACUGUAGAAACUCAGAGAAAAAAUCAAGGGAUAGGAAGAAGUAGCGUCCCACAACUAAAGCAUUGGGUAAUCGGCAGUCAUAUAAUCCAGGUAUUAUUGCUCUCCUAGCAGCCAAAUCAAUCAAAUCCUUUGGUGUCAUUUUCCUGAAUUCUCUCUCAUGAACAGGGUUACUUGUGUAAUUAAUUUAAAUUUUAAUUCUCUAGCUAUGAAAUAACAUCUUGUAGUAUUUUAAAAUCCUGUAUCUUCACUCCGUUCUUGUAAAAUGCUAUUUCUGUUUUGAAAGAAAGAUGAAUAAGAAAAAAAAAACUAAAUUAGUUUUAAUAAAAAGUAUUUUAUCGUAU